ACAUCGAGGUAGUGUUACCUGCGCAAGAGUCACAUUCCGUCUCCCACCUUCGCGUUUAGCCGUCGAGCCUGUGAAGGCUUCGAGUCAGUUACCAUUUUUUAGAAAGUGCCUGGUGUGUGUUUACAAUACUGACGACGAAAUGACAAUCUAGUAACGACCAUGUCACGUUUGGCCUGUAUGCUCGUGGUGGCUGGCGCCGCGUCAGCCCAGCUCACGCUUGACGGAAUCCGCUGCGGACAGUUGACAUGCCAGCUAGACGAAUACUGCUCCCCGGAGACCAACAGAUGUGCACCCUGCGACGUGGUGUGCAACAAAACGCACCAUAACUUCGAUAAUGGUCUUUGCAUUAAGGAAUGCCAAGGAUACCUUCUGGAUUUGCGCUACAUGCGUCGAUCGGAAACGAUGUCCCCACCCUCCGACAUAAACAGUGUGCAGCGUCAAGCACAAACAGCGCUGAUAGUCAGCGGUGUGGCCCUCGCGGUAUUGCUUCUUGUGCUCAUCAUCAUAUGUCGAGGUCGGCUUUCUUGGAGGUACAUCAAGCAGAAAUUUCAGCCAUCUAAGAAUCGCGUAAAGCAGUAUCCGACGGAUCUUACACAUCACAACCCACACGCCGAGAUGCCGAAGCCGAAGCCCGAAUUGAAGCUAGAGAUACGAAACCCCGAACCGCCGAAGAGGCUGAACGUACGAGAUUUGGAUACGAGAACGCAAACAGACAAGAGUCUCGGUGCAACCACACCGAAGACGAUCAGCACGGCUGUCAGCAACAGACACCCCGCCGAAGACACCACCUUGGACUUCUCGUACGAUAACAUGGGCAUGAACGUCACCCCCCCGGAACAACCCGCGGCCGCUAGUCACAAGUUCUGAGAACCGGUUGUCAGUUUCGGUGGUGAAACCGUGCGAAUCAUAGACACAGAUCCAAAUUGUAGUGAUGAUAAUGAGCGUUUUUAAAAUUUACACUUGGGAAGUUUUUUAUGAAUUUCAAUGUGUUCUUUAAGCCUCGUGUUUAAAUCUUUUAUAGGUUUGUAAUCGGAUUUUAAUCUCAAUUUAUAAAGUAUUUUGCAUAAAAAUCUAUUGUCUAUUGUCUUGAAAUACAACAAUGUAUUUAUUUAAAAAUGAUAAUACCUCAUCCGCAGAUAUCAUGUUAGGGACUCAGCAUCGCUUUGGAAUUUUCACCUGGCGGCUAAAUGUGAUAUUCAUAAUUUGUUGAAUUUAGUUCAUGCGAUGAUGUAGUCAUCACGAAUGCAAUCAGACCGCAUGAUAGUUGAAUUACUAUUUGUGGAGAGGCGGCUUCUGUUAAUACAUCACAAACCAGAAUCAAUUAGCAUUUUAUUGGUAAAUGUUUGCUAACAUCACUAAUUAUGUCUCUACUAACUAGAGAUUGUGCUGUUAAGUUUUGAUCGUUAUUUAUUUCGAAUGCAUUUACCAUCCGUGUCGAUAAUACAUCACAUCUAGAAUCAAUGCAAAAUCACAUACUUAGUCUUAUAAUAUCUUUUCGUAGUUAUAAUAAGAAAAAAAUGAGAUAAGUAAGGAAGUGUCUACAGAGUUAAACUUUUAUACCAUAAAAACCUUUGAAAAUGUAUAUGCGUGUAUUCUAAUAGCAAUAAAUGAAUCAUAGAUGUUAUUUGUGCGUAACGUUUUGAUGAAUGUUUUAGAUUUCGGAAUUUUGCCAGCGAAUUAAUUGAACGGAACGAUCUGUUUACUGGACUAAUUAUUACCAUGGAUAUAUUUAAUAUUAGUCAGUGAGGGGUCUGGGGUAUUCAAAUUGAUUACAGUGCUAGAGUUACAAUGUUAACGUGCUUACAUAACGGAAUUUUACCUUUAUGUAAUGUUUAUAGUUUAUUAAGGAAGGACUUAUCUGAAUCUA